CGUUUUUUCAACACAAUGCUUGCCAGUCGUUUGCUCGCGCGGGCUUCCGUUGCGAUCGCCGCCCGCCCGGCCGCCGCAGCACCAACGUCGGCAUCAUCAGCAGCAGCACCAUCCGUCGCUGCCAUUCGUUCGUACUCUGCGCGGUCGCUCCGGCCAUCCGCUCACCGCGAGGAAGUCAGCACGACCUACGCCACCCCGAUCCCAGAGCCGACGUCGUGGCGCCAGAUUGUCGACAACAAUGCUAGCACGCUAUUCUUCUCGGAGCUGUUUGGCGGCAUGCGGCUGACGCUCGACUACUUUUUCCGCCCAAAGGCGACCCUCCACUACCCCUUUGAGAAGGGACCGCUCUCACCGCGCUUCCGUGGCGAGCACGCCCUGCGCCGCUACCCUUCCGGCGAGGAGCGCUGCAUUGCCUGCAAGCUCUGCGAAGCCAUCUGCCCUGCCAUGGCCAUCACGAUCGAGGCCGAGCCGCGCGCGGACGGCAGCAGACGCACGACGCGCUACGACAUUGACUUGACCAAGUGCAUCUACUGCGGCUUCUGCCAGGAGGCCUGCCCCGUCGACGCCAUCGUCGAGGGUCCCAACUUUGAGUAUGCCACCGAAACCCACGAAGAAUUGCUCGCCAACAAGGACAAGCUGCUCUCCAACGGCGACAAGUGGGAGCCCGAGCUCGCUGCAAACCUCCAGAGCGAGUACCUGUAUCGCUAAACCGCGAAAACCCCUCUGUACUUGUUGCCUGACUUUUGUUGUAGAGCUACGUCGAAAUUUUUUGGGUGUUGUUGUUGAAUUGUGUGGUUUUUGUGUCUGGUUGUUUUUUGUCCAAAAUUCUGUGAUCUAUUCUUUCGA